AUGGAAAGUGAUCUGAAAAGAAAAAGAAAAAGACGGAUUUGGGUCAGAAAUUGGUUGCAAAAUAAAUCCUCAGGAGCUACAAGCAUGAUUAUGAAAGAGCUAUAUUAUCAGGACCCUCGUGAAUAUCAAGCUGUUAUGCGAUUGACGCCUUCACAGUUCGAAAUCCUUUUAAAUUUAAUUGCUACAGGUAUUCAACGUAGUGACACAUUUAUGCGUAAAGCUAUCCCAGCUAGAGUGAAACUAGAAAUAACCUUGACUUUUCUGGCCUCUGGAAUGACAUUCAGGAUGUUGUCAGUAUUAUAUAGGGUAUCGAAGGCAUCCAUAUCGAAAAUGAUACCAAAAGUUUGCGAUGCUAUAAGUGAUAGCUUAAAAGAUUAUAUUAAGAUACCAAAUCAAGACGAGUGGCAAGAUAUACAGCUAGGAUUUAAUGAAAGAUGGGACUUUCCAGGGUGUUGUGGUGCCAUAGAUGGAAAACACAUUAUAAUUCAAGCACCACCGAAUUCUGGCAGUGAAUACUAUAAUUACAAGGGAACUAAUAGCAUCGUUCUUCUUGCCCUAGUGGAUCAUAAUUACUGUUUUAAAUAUGUAGACAUAGGCUCAUAUGGACGAAAUGCAGAUGGAGGGGUUUUCCAAAACAGUUCUUUAUAUCCACUUUUAGAAAACGACUCAUUACUACCCCAAGGGGCAGUAUUGGUUGGAGAUGAUGCAUUUCCACUCAAACCAUAUUUGUUAAAGCCCUAUUCAAGUACGCCAACAAUUGCGGAAAAAAUAUUUAAUUACAGAUUAAGCAGAGCGAGACGCAUUGUGGAGAACGGAUUUGGUAUUCUGGCAGCUCGUUUCCGAAUUUUGGGAAAACCAAUUCAAGUCGACGAACAAACGGCAAUAAAGAUUAUCAAAUCUACAUGCACAUUACACAACUGGUUACGAAUGACUAUGCCAAAUACUUAUACACCUCCAGGAAGUGCAGAUUACGAAGAUAAUAUAAAUUUGACUAUAAUUCAAGGACGUUCCCGAAUAAAUAAGAGGUCGAAAGCAAUUGCUGAGAAGUUGAGAAAUAAAUACAGAGAUUAUUUUAGUGGGGAAGGAGCAGUUGAUUGGCAAACGUAUAUGAUAAAAUAA